AUGAAUUUUAAUAUUAAGCGGGUGUUUUCUAAUCAAUUAUGUGAAUAAAAUCAAUUGGUUAUUGUUUUUGGAUAAGUCAUAAAUAGCUCCAAAAUCACACCUCAGCAAUAUUGCCUUACUAUAACAGAUAACUUUGGUAAUCUAGAGUUUUGGUGGCAUCAUGAUAUUUCAAUUGGUAUUUAUGUUGAAGUUUUUGGUACAUAUUAACAGAAGAUUUAUAAUGAUAUUAAAUUUAAUAAGAUAUAUGCCAAAAGAAUCAGUAUUCUAUUUAAUAAUAUAUAGAAAUAUUCGAGUCAUCAAAUAACUACAUGCUAUGUUUUUUAGAAACUAUUUUUGAGUAAAAGAAAGAAUAAUAAUAAGAGUAACAGUAAUAAUUUACGAAGCAAAUUUAGGUUAUAGAACACUCUAAAGAACUCACAACUGAAAUAGCAGUUUACUACUUAAAAUUGAUUGGAGGUAAAUAUUUAAAGAAUGCUGAAAUAAAAGAUGAUUAUUUAGUUAAUUUUAAAGGGGAGGAAUUUGAGGAUAUGAUAUAUUCAAAAGAGGAAUUGAAAAUGUCAAUUCAGAUUUUAUAAAGUGUUGGUAUUUUUAAUGGAAAUGUUGUUUGUAAAUAAGAAUUUUUUAACAUUAUUAACUUAGUAAAGAGUAUUUUAAGCGAUGGAAAAGCACUUAAAAUUAAGGAAUGUACAAAAAAAAUAAAUGAUUAUUAUCUAUUUAAAGGAUAUUAAUUGUUUACAGAUGAGAUAUCUGUUUGCAUUUUUAAUUUAUUUCUCUUGAAUUAUAUGUGCAUUUAAGAUUCAAGCAAUACAAUAAUGAUUAGAAAAUGA